UUUUAGACAUUUUAGAAAUACCAGAAAAUGGUUCAUAAAAAUACCUGAAAAUACCACGAAUCACCAUACAGAAAUACUGCAAUACUGUAGACUAUACGCCAGACCCUUUUACCCACUCUUUUACAAUGUCUUAUGCUUUCUUUAAUCCAAAUCGACAUUUCCAAACCAUAACCUAACAAAAACCUCCAGACCGCGCAUACCAUUCAUAAGCGCCCAGACUCCGUAACGAUCCCCCCUCCCCACAAUACCGAAAGCCACUCAGACACGUGUUGCUGUCAAAAUCGACUUAUUUUUUGUGUGUGUCUCCCAAAAAACAAGGUGCGUAAACAGGUGUCAAAAAUGAGAGACAGAGACCCGGCAACAGAAACCACACCGUCUCUGCCUCUGUGCCUCUGUCUGUGGCAUAAACCAGAUCAACCAGACUUGUUGGUCAUGAUGUUUGCUUUUCGAAUGAAGGCGCAAAAAGUAACCAACAAAACCAAAAAAAAAAAAUCAAAUAAAAUAAAUGUAAAUCAUUCGAGACGCCAAUUGACGGUUGAUAAAUUUCAACUACGCAUAAAGCUGCUCUAAUUGUUUGUAAUCCCACGAAACUCGUUUGAUGUUGUAGGCGCUAUACGGCUUUUCUAGUAGCGAUACACUACAUAACGAAACCAUGGCGACUUGCUGGUAGAGUACGGUAAUCAAGUAUGUUCCCAUACGUUUGCGUUGAAACAAAGUCUUAAGAGUUGAUUUUUGCAGAUUGUCUUAGCCCGAUGAUCAUGAUUCCAACAGGUGGCAGGACGACGAUAAAUAAGCAUCCCAUUAUGAAAUACUCAAGGCACAUUAAAUGCGCUGCUGCUCUGGCUCGUUCAACCCGAAGAGAGCAAAACACGAGUUAGCAAAGUCUAAUGCCAUAACCACACUUUACCACACUUACUCUGCACUGGCCAUUUCCAACAGGUUGGCAGUUCUACGAUGUUAAAUUCGAUAAUUAAAAGUAAGACCAGGCAACACGCAAGCGAUAGUUGUCAUCUUUUAUUGUCGAUGUUUUCCUGUAAAAUUGAUCAAAACCAAAGCCAACAACUAGAACUAAAGAAAAAUUAUAGUUUUGUGUGCAUUUUUCAGUCCGAACCCUCGUUUCUAGAUAGCGAACAUCUCCAAAGCAGACAACUAAAAAGAUCGAGAUUGCCACCACAGUCGCAGAAGAGUACAAGAUGGAAACUGUCGAGCAGGAUAUGGAAAACAACACGCAGCGAUCAUCUUCGUCAUCAAAUCUUUCGUUGUUUUACGAACCAGAGUUGCCAAGUGACUUCAAUCGCUGCGGCAAGGUCAUAUCCAUACACGUGGAUAAUUUCAUGUGCCAUGAGAAUUUUACGGUGGAGUUUGGACCCAACACCAAUUUUCUGGUGGGCAAAAACGGGAGUGGCAAAAGUGCCACGAUCACAGCUCUGACCGUGCCUCUAGCCGUGCGGCCAGCAUACCGAAGCUCAUCAAAAACGGCGAAAGGGCAGCCAAUAUCGAAAUAACCCUGUGUAACAUUGGAUGGAACCGAUUCGAUGCGGAACAUAUGGGACGGC